CGAGCGGCGGCCGGGGGCGGAGCGCUGCGAGGGCUGCGCGGCGCGCUCGGGCUCCCGCUCGCUCCCCGCCGGGCCCCCAGCGCUCGCCGGCUCCCGGCUCCAGUCCGCCCGUCCGCCCCGCGCAGGGGCCGUGUCGCGAACCGCGCCUGCGACCCCGCGUCCGGGCGCGCCGGAGAGGACGCGAGGAGCCAUGAGGCGACAGCCGGCGACGGUGGCGGCGCUGCUGCUCGGGCUGCUCUUGGAGUGCACAGAAGCCAAAAAGCAUUGCUGGUAUUUUGAAGGACUGUAUCCAACUUAUUAUAUAUGCCGCUCAUACGAGGACUGCUGUGGCUCCAGGUGCUGCGUGCGGGCCCUCUCCAUACAGAGGCUGUGGUACUUCUGGUUCCUCCUGAUGAUGGGUGUGCUCUUCUGCUGCGGAGCCGGCUUCUUCAUCCGGAGGCGCAUGUACCCCCCGCCACUGAUCGAGGAGCCAGCCUUCAACGUGUCCUACACCAGGCAGCCCCCAAAUCCUGGCCCAGGAGCCCAGCAGCCGGGACCGCCCUAUUACACCGACCCAGGAGGACCGGGGAUGAACCCUGUCGGGAAUUCCAUGGCAAUGGCUUUCCAGGUCCCACCCAACUCACCCCAGGGGAGUGUGGCCUGCCCGCCCCCUCCUGCCUACUGCAACACGCCUCCACCCCCGUACGAACAGGUAGUGAAGGCCAAGUAGUGGGGCGCCCUCACAUGAGAGGGGAGACGGGAGAGGGUCUUUCCCUGGCCUUUCUGUCCCCGUGGAUGUUCACUUCCAAGAAUGGUCUCACGGGCCGCCAAGGGCAGUUCCUCUGAUAUCCUCACAGCAAGCACAGCUCUCUCUCAGGCUUUCCAUGGAGGACAAUCUGUGAACUCACACUGUGUCUCC